AUGUUGAAGAAUCUAAGACGAGCAGUUGGUGCUAUCCCGUUUAUGAGGAAUCCAGCUUUGGCAUCCAGAAGUUACUCUGUUUCAGUGAAGCAAAUGAUGGUAAGAGAGGCUUUGAAUUCUGCACUUGAUGAAGAAAUGUCUGCUGAUCCAACUGUUUUCUUGAUGGGCGAAGAGGUUGGGGAAUAUCAAGGUGCAUACAAGGCUGGCUUCACGGGGCUUGGAGUUGGUGCAGCUUACUAUGGACUCAAACCCGUGAUUGAAUUUAUGACUUUUAAUUUCGCAAUGCAGGGAGUUGAUCAUAUAAUUAACUCCGCUGCAAAAACAAAUUACAUGUCAUCUGGUAAUAUAAACGUACCAAUCGUUUUUAGAGGACCGAAUGGGCCAGCUGCCGGCGUCGGUGCUCAGCAUUCUCAGUGCUAUGCAUCGUGGUAUGGUGCAAUCCCGGGCUUAAAAGUGGUGUCGCCGUAUUCAUCCGAAGAUGCUCGUGGACUUCUUAAGGCCGCUAUCAGGGACCCUGACCCUGUCGUCUUCCUUGAAAAUGAGUUAUUGUAUGGCGAAUCUUUCCCUGUUUCUAAGCAAGUUCUUGAUUCGGAUUUUACCAUCCCUAUUGGAAAAGCCAAGAUUGAAAAAGAAGGAAACGAUGUUUCGAUUGUGUCUUUUUCGAGGAUGGUGGGAUUUUCUCUCAAGGCUGCUGAGAUACUUGCAAAGGAUGGGAUAGAUGCUGAGGUGAUAAAUCUACGGUCGAUAAGGCCACUGGACAGAUCAACGGUUAAUGCUUCAGUCAGAAAAACAAACAGGCUUGUUACUGUUGAAGAAGGGUUUCCUCAACAUGGUGUUGGUGCUGAAAUUUGUGCAUCAGUAGUUUCGGAUAGUUUCGGAUACCUUGAUGCACCGGUGGAGAGAAUAGCAGGAGCAGAUGUUCCCAUGCCUUAUGCUGCUAACCUUGAAAUAAUUGCUCUUCCUCAGGUUGAUGAUAUUGUUCGAGCAGCUAAGAGGGCAUGCUACAGAAGUGUUCCGUUAUCCGCAACUCGUUAAGACAACCUUUGGCUAUUUUUAGGGCGUUGUAUUAAUGAACAAUUUUCUCACUAUGUGGUGUUGAGUAUAUGUAGCAAGAAACUCUCAUAGUUUGUAAUAUAAGAGAAACUGAGCUGUAAAUUUCUAACAAUAAGUGAUAAUUAAGUUAACGGAAGUUCUUAGGUCUACCAUUUAUCUAUGGGUUAACGACAGUUUGCCGCUCAAACUAUUGCCCGUUUUUGUACCGUACCCUUGAACUACAAAUUGGGCAAAUUUUUACCUGGACUCGUUAAAUUGUUGCACGGUGCCUUAAUUUUGCCAAUGCCGUUCAUUUCUCGCCGGGAUCGUCUGCAUGUGCGUCGCAUGUGAGUUUUUUGAUGGUAUACAUGUCUAUUCACUUCAAAUUUAUCCGUACCAUCUGCACUUCUACUUUUCCCUUGUUUUUUGCUUCUUUUUCCCCUCAUUUUUUGGCUGACAAAAAUGCUCUGUCUCCUCCACUUCUAUCCUUUCUUCCCAGCAUCC